CAGGGAUAUGUUCUGCGCUGGCCGAGUACAAGAAGAUGAUCUGAAGCGAACCCUCAAGGCUUGUGGUGGAGCUGUUAUGACAACUGUUAAUGACCUCAAUAACUCAGUUCUUGGCAAAUGUGAUUUGUUUGAAGAGAAACAGAUAGGCGGUGAGAGAUACAAUUUCUUCAAAGGCUGUCCGAAUGCCAAGACUUGCACUUUAAUCCUCCGAGGCGGUGCGGAACAAUUUCUAGAGGAGACUGAGAGAUCUCUUCACGACGCCAUCAUGAUUGUAAGGAGAACAAUCAAAAAUGAUGCAGUGGUAGCUGGAGGAGGAGCCAUUGAGAUGGAAUUGUCCAAAAUCCUGAGGGAUCAUUCCCGUACAAUAGCCGGUAAAGAGCAGCUGUUGAUUGGGGCCAUCGCUAAAGCGCUGGAGGUGAUUCCUAGACAACUGUGCGACAAUGCCGGGUUUGAUGCCACUAAUAUCUUGAACAAGCUGAGGCAGAAGCAUGCACAGGGUGGUUGCUGGUUUGGGGUAGAUGUUAAUAACGAAGAUAUUGCUGAUAACUUUAAAAACUGCAUUUGGGAGCCGGCAGUUAUCAAAAUCAAUGCUCUUACAGCCGCUUCGGAAGCCACCUGUUUGAUACUGUCUGUGGACGAGACAAUUAAAAAUCAAAAGUCAGGAGACGGGCAGAUGCCACAGAUGGGAGGACGUGGUAUGGGAAGGCCAAUGUAAUUUGUCACAUACUGUUUUUAUUUAAUGGAAUUAUUUCUCAACGCUUUUCUCACUUACUUAUUUUUCGAUUAAGUAUGUCACUCAUCUUAUUUUUUUCAUCAGCUUUUAACAAUAAUAAACUCGUUUCUUAACUUGCUA